AUGACCGCUGGUCAGGUCGGCGCCGACGAGAGAGGCGUAGUCCCACAAGACAUCGAGGAACAGAUUCGCCUGGCCUUCACAAACCUCAGGAAAUGCCUUGAGUCGGUUGGCGCAUCAGUCACUGACAUUGUUAAGCUGGUCUAUUACAUAGUCGACUACGAUCACACCAGGAGACACCACGCAAGACCCCUCAUUGACUUUCUCAACGGACACCGGCCCGCCACGACCUUGGCCCCUGUGCCGAAGCUGGCCAAGCCCGAAUACAAGUUUGAAGUUGAAGCCUACGUCUCAUUGCCCCAACAGCCAUUGCAAGAGGUGGAUGUUGUCGUCAUUGGAGCUGGCCUGAGCGGCCUCAAGGCUGCGUACGAUGUGCAGCAGGCGGGGUACUCGUGUGCAGUGGUUGAGGCUCGGGACAGGAUAGGGGGCAAGACCUGGUCGACCGACCGCACGGAUGCCGGCAAGUUCGUCGACGUAGGCGCCGCGUGGAUUAACGACACAAAUCAGUCAGAAAUUUUUCGACUUGUCCAAGCUCUCGGGCUGGAGACAGUGGUGCAAAACACCACAGGAAAUGUGAUUCAGGAGGAUAGCGACGGCAGCCUAUCACAGUUCAAGUAUGGAAGCUUGCCUGAGAAACUAGUUGAAGCAAAUGGGGUCGAGAACAUGAUCAUCUUGCGCAACAAGGCCGAGGAGACUUGCCAGGCCCUUGACAUUCGCUCUCCGGCACAUGCUGGUAGCCACCUCGACAGCAUGACUUUCGAGGACUGGGUCAGGUCUGUUACAGGAUCGAGCGAAUCAGCCAUGGCAUCGGCCAGAAUCUGGACAAGAGCUAUGCUUGGUAUGGAGCCACGGGAAAUGAGCGCUCUGUUCUUCCUCAAUUACUGCAAAAGUGGUGGUGGCCUGGUCCGAAUGCGGUCGGAUCAAAAGGAUGGAGGUCAAUAUCUCCGUCUGGUGAAGGGGACUCAAAGCAUCUCCAGUGGUCUUGCAAGUCUGCUCAAACGAGGAACAAUUACACUGAGCUCACCCGUCCGAGCCAUCGAGCAGACGCAGUCGGCAGUAUAUGUCUCCUCCAGCAGACGGCAGUAUAUUUGCAAGCGCGUCAUUGUAUCAGUCCCAACGCCCCUGUACAAAGAAAUCACUUUCACUCCCCAACUACCCGCCGAUAAGCUCGAACUAAGUCAGCUCAAUCGGCUCGGCUACACCAACAAAGUCUUGGUCCGUUAUUCGACCCCUUGGUGGCGCGGCUACGGGCUUUGCGGCAUGUUGCAAUCUUUUGCAGGCCCAGUGACCGUCACACGAGACUCGAGCGUUGAUGUGCUUGGCCAGUUCUCACUGACAUGCUUCUGUGUUGGCGACUGGGGCCGCCAACUAUCGAAGCUCUCGCAGAAGAAGCGAUUUGAUGCCGUCGUGGAACACAUAGAGAAGACACUGGGAUCCGCUGGCAAAGCGCCACAGCCUGUGGGUAUUGAGGAGCAUGAGUGGCAAUUCGAUCAGUGGGCGCAAGGAUGCCCUUGCCCGGCCGCACCGCCUGGGGCUAUGGUUCGCCUUGAAAGCGCCCUCAGAUCGACGCAUGGCAAGUUGCACUUCGUGGGCACCGAGACAGCGUAUGAGUGGAAGGGCUAUAUGGAUGGGGCAGUCCGGUCUGGGGCGAGGGGCGCCGAGGAAGUUGUCAACGCUCUUGGCCAUGCCAGGCUGUGA